CCGCAGGACCGGUCCUACUGCCCCCGCCCCGGGGAGCUGCGCGCGGGCUGCGCCCUCCGCACGCUCGACGGGCGCCUCUUCUCCGGCUCCGCCGUCGGCACCCGCUCCGGCGCUGGCAGCCUGUCGCCGGUGGCGGUCUCGCUGGUGGGGUUGGGCGCGAGUGCAGGACGGCCUGCGGACGUCGCCCGCGCCACUUGGGUGCCAGCCGCCGGGUCGCUGCCCGCGGACGCCGAGGAGCUCGAGGCGCGGGACAGGAGGGCCUGCUUUGCCACGUGGCUCCGCGCGCGGAGUUCCUCCCCGCGCCGCGCCGUAGCCGUAG